AUGUGGAUAAUAUCAGUCAUCAUGACCGAAACAAGUAUUUCCAACGGUUGGUCCCACGAGAAGGGCCUGACCCCCUCCGGUCUGGCCCACGUGGACGACCUGAAGGACGUGGGUCACUUCGGGGACGCCCAGCACAGGGGCCACAAGUGGUACGACCUGGCCACCUCCAGGGAGGACUCGGGAGAGAGCGACCUGCAGACUGACGUCAUCUCUUCUAGCAGUUCAAUAUCAAGUUCGGUGAUCUCAUCGAGUUCAUCAUCAGAAGCGUCAUCGGCUGAGACAAAGGAACGGAGGAAAGCCACUCAAUCCUUCCGCACCUGCACCCCCUGCCCCCAGGAUAUGCUCAAAGCCCACAACAACGUCGGCAUCAAGUGGCUGUGCGGCGGCUACCAGCGGGCGAGGAGAUCCUUCAAGAGCGAGUGCAUGAUGCGGUACAGGAACUGCCAGGAUGGGACGCUGUUCGUGAAGUUGUACGACCACCGCUGCAAGAACGACUCUUAUCAUGGAAAACACUGGUUCUACGUUUACAAAGUUUAA